UGCCAGGUCAGUCCGGGCGGCCAAACAGCUCCGUAAUUGCAACGACCCCUUUGCAAGAGCUGCCGCCAACGUACGUGAGCAAAGCGGCAUCGCUGCUUGGCGCCCGAGAUCAGCUGGAGGAGUGGUUGUCACAAGAGAAUUCCAAGACGGGCUUGUGGCGCCAGGGCCUAGAUGUGCCAGAUGUUCUCUCGGCAGUUGGGGAGGCCAGAUGUUGCGAAGAGGAGGCCUCGAAUUCCCCUCGAACGCGGUACGCCACGCAACUGCUGGCCCAAGUCAUUUGGGAGGCCGAGCUGUGCGAGAUCGAGCAGAGGCUUCCGGAGCCGGAUCCAGUGUCACUCCCCGUUCGAGGCAAGCUCUCCAAACCUCGAGACUCGCGGCCGCAGUCGGCAGGCCCGGCGCAGAGCAGGUGCGUCGAGGCGGAGCUUCUCCAGCGCUGGGAGGCGAAGCUGGAAACGGCCCUGCAGCUCAAGAAGAAGCAUCGCAAGGAGGUGGAAGCCCGGGCCCGCGAGAAGAAUCACAGAAAGGAAACGGUGCGAGCAGCGCAUUCGAGAUUGCUGGAGGAGGCGGAGGAAGAACGGUUUUCGAGGUGGCAGGAGCGUCGAAAAUACCAUGACAACCGGACGGAGGUGAGCAAAUGUGCAAAGCAGGAGGUGGUUGAACUGAUGAUGAACGCGUCAGCUGUGAGACAGGCUGUUCUGGAAACAAAUCGGCGGCGGCUCUCGCAAAAGGAGUCUGAGAAGCAAACACAGAGUGUGGAGCAGGAGUUGAAGAGGCAAGAAGUAGCAGAGAAGAAGAGGCAAGUUGCUCUGCAAGAGAAAGGCAUCGGCAAGCCGCGGCUGCGCAUUGCCCGCGAACUCUCGAAGAAGCAAGCCUUGCGCUUGGAGCGUAUCCGCUCCAUCGAGACGGAGGAUCUGCGGCAAAGACUGGAGGCGAAAUCUCCGACUGCCACGCCCUCCGUGUCUCCGCGGCCGAGCAGACCGAGCAGCGCAGCCAGAACACAGGUGCCCGUGCCACCCAGCAGCGCGCCGCUGGCGCGCAGGCCGUGGUGCGGGAAGAGGACGGAGGCCAUGUCGACGGAGACCAUUCCGGACCCGUCUUGCAUUCCUUGGCCGCGGUGCGUGGAAGACAAGCAUCCCACCUUGCUGCACUCAUCUUCUGGAGGUUGCGCAUCCGGCAGUCUGCAAGGUGGGUGUUCGCCCAAAAUCACCAGCGCAGCCGAGGCUGAGGCCUCAGCAGGGACUGCGCCCGUGGACGGCUUCGGCGGCCUUUUGCUGUGGGCCAGCGAGGUGGCGCAUGGCUCUCGCAAGUCCAGCCUUGCGAACGUGGCACAAGCAGCCGAGUUGGGAGCACAUGUAGAGGUCGGCAUGUUGGCCGUGCUGAUGGCCGGCGCAGCAGGCUCAUCAAGCUUGCAGGAUGCCAUGCCAAGCGCCGAACCCAUCACCGAGCCUCUGGCCAGUGGUUCUCCGGCGCCUCAGCCGGACGAAGCACCUCAGAGAGCUGGGUUUGCGGAGCGGGUUGACUUGAGCUGCUCGGCCUGCGAAGAAGCUGCAGGCGAUGCAGGCGAUGCAGGCAGUCGCACGGAGCAUGCGCAAUACCAAAGGCAAACCAAUGAGUCAGCUGGCACAAAGCCAUCCCAAGCAGAACCCACCACAGGAUGUGAAAGCAACUUCCCUACGUUGGAGCAUCACCGGGAUGACCACCGUAAAGGAGUUGCUGAAGAGGCCCGCUGUUGUGCCUUGCCCCAUCCGCAUGCUGAAUCGUCUGCGGGGAAUGCCGAAGGCAAUGUCCCUCAUGUGGCAGCAGGGGUGGACCAAAAUCCAAAUGCCCAAAACCUGGAGGAUGCCAAAGAGUUUGUGCAAGAGACACAACCUAUCCAGGGAGCUAGAUCAGACAAAGGAGAGGCUGAAGGCACUCCGGACCGUGAAGUGGACCAAGAUGUGGACGAAAGGGAUGCAGAGGAGCUCCCACAGGCGCAAUGUGAGUCCAAGGCAUGUGCGGGAGUUGCUGAAGGCAGUCUCGUUGAGCGUCAGAAACAACAUCUUCCCAUUGAGCCCGUGCAUGCGGCAUCGGAUGUCCAGGCACGAGACUCUGACGAGGGCCGCCAGGCACAAGAAGCGCACAGCGCUCGCACAAAUCGCUCGGAUCCAACUCCAAGAAGUUCUUCCUCGAGCAGUUCGGCUUCAUGGCUGCGCACGAAGAUGGAAAACAUGAAACGUCGCGUCCUUCCCAGGGGCGCUUCCUAAAACAGGAAGCGGCGCCUCAGAGUUUCACCCCAGAAGUGGUUGUAGCCAGAUCAGCAUUUUUAAUUUAUCACCAUGCUCGUGGGUAAGAAGGGUGUGCCUG